GCAACUUCGUGGCGUGGUGCACUAUCUGUGGAAAAACUCCCUGUUUUCUCUCUGGAAAUGGGUCGAAGGCCAAAGAAAAUGAUGUGCCCCACUUGGGUCACCCCAAGCCGCCUGCCGUGGACCACUGGCCGCAGUUGAGGAGGUGUGUCUGUAGCGAUGCUUUGAACCGCGGCGGCGGCGCUCGUGGUUGGAACUCCUCAGGGUGGGUGCGCAUUCGCAGUGCGGUGACUGAGACCUAGAAAUCCAAGUGUUGGAGGUCCUGAGGCCAGCCAGAAUCGCUUCAAAAUGGAACGAAGGCAUCUGCGGACUUGCAUUCAGAGCCGGUUCAUCAGCAUGAGCGUGUGGACGAGCCCACGGAGACUCGUGGACUUGGCGGGGCAGAGCCUGCUGAAGAAUGAGGCCCUGGCCAUCGCUGCCCUGGAAAUGCUCCCCAGGGAGCUCUUCCCGCUGCUCUUCACGGCAGCCUUUGAUGGGAGACACAACCAGACCCUGAAGGCAAUGGUGCAGGCCUGGCCCUUCACCUGCCUCCCUCUGGGAGUGCUGAUGAAGGGACAGCAGCUUCACGUGGACACCUUCAAAGCUGUGCUUGAUGGAGUUGAUGUGCUGCUUGCCCAGGAGGUUCGCCCCAGGAGGUGGAAACUCAAAGUGCUGGAUUUACGAAAGAAUUCUCAUCAGGACUUCUGGACCGUGUGGUCUGGAAAAAGGGUCAGUCUGUGCUCAUUUCCAGAGCCAGAAGCAGCUCAGCCCAUGAGAAAGAAGCGAAAAGUAGAUGGUUCGAGCACAGAGGCAGAGCAGCCCUUGACUCCGAUGGAGGUUCUCGUAGACCUGUCCCUCAAGGAAGGUGCCUAUGACGAGUUGUUCACCCACCUGAUUGAGAUAGUGAGGCGAAAGAAAGACGUACUACACCUGUGCUGUAAGAAGCUGAAGAUUUUUGCAAUGCCUGUGCAGAAUAUCAAGAUGAUCCUGAAAAUGGUGCAGCUGGACUCUAUUGAAGAUUUGGAAGUGACUUGCACCUGGAAACUACCCACCUUGGCGAAAUUUUCUCCUCACCUGAGCCAGAUGAGUAACCUGCGUAGACUACUCCUCGCCCACAUCCAUCCAUCUUCCUUCAUUUCCCCAGAGAAGGAAGAGCAGUGUAUCGCCCAGUUCACCACUCAGUUCCUCAAUCUCCACUGCCUCCAGGACCUCUACGUGGACUCUUUAUUUUUCCUCAGAGGCCGCCUGGAUCAGUUGCUCAGAUGCAUGAUGAACCCCUUGGAAACCCUCUCGAUAACUAACUGCUGGCUUUCAGAAGGAGAUGUGACACAUCUGUCGCAGAGCCCCAGCAUCAGUCAGCUGAGUGUCCUGAGUCUAAGUGGGGUCAUGCUGACGGAGAUAAAUCCCGAGCUCCUCCAAGCUCUGCUAGAGAGAACCUCCGCCACCCUCCAGGACCUGGACUUGGAUGAGUGUGGGAUCAUGGAUACUCAGCUCCUUGUUCUUCUGCCUUCCCUCAGCCACUGCUCCCAGCUUACCACCUUAAGCUUCUGCGGGAAUCCCAUCUCCAUGUCUGUCCUGGAGAGCCUCGUGCACCACGUCAUCGGGUUGAAUAAUCUGAGCCACGUGCUAUAUCCUGUUCCCAUGGAGAGUUAUGAGGAUGUCAAUGGCACCCUCGACCUGGGGAGACUUGCCUUUCUGCACACCAGGCUUAGGGAGUUGCUGUGCGAAUUGGGGCGGCCUGGCAUGGUCUGGCUCAGUGCCAACCCCUGUCCUCACUGUGGGGACAGAACCUUCUAUGACCCAGAUCCCAUCCUGUGCCCCUGCUUCAUGCCUGCCUAGCUGGGUGCACAUGUCAAAUGCUUCAUUUUGCAUACUUGGACAGUGAAGCCCAGGAUUCAAGUGCAUCUUGAAGCAACACAGCAGCAACAGUUUGAGACAAAUGUUCAGUGUGAGUGGGGGAAAAAAGGGGAAGUUGGGGGUGGGCAGAUGUUGACUUGAGGAGUUGAUGGAAUCUUUGGGGAGAUGCAUCCUAUAGAGUUAGAAAUAGAAUCUGAAUUUCUAAAGGGAGAUUCUGGCUUGGGAAGUAUAUGUGGGAGGUAAUCCCUGUGUGGACUGUUGUAAAAAAAAAAACUUGAAAAUAAAGAGAAGCGAUAUGAAGCA